AUGAUGUCUCAAACAGCACCGGUCAAUGAGACCCACCAAUCACCCGGAGAGAUCUCCUCCGGGGUCAGAGACAACGCCUUUGUAUCCGUCUACAACGACGGCGACAUUAGCGAGUACCUCUACAUCACUCCCGCCUUUGCCUCCGGGUUUCUUCCUCUGGAACCCCAAGAUGACAAACAGGCCCACCCCAUUCACAUCCACCAAUCCAAGGUACGACCAGCCGAGACAUUCAACACCGGCACGACACCCCCACCGGCGGCAACAGUUGAGAAAAAAGCCCCCGAGCAACAAAACCCACCGAAGCCUGCGAUGAAAAAUACCCCUCAACAACAAGCUAAUUCUAUGGCCAAGGCCGUCAACCGAGAACGCCGACCCAGCUUCAUCGAAGUAUCGACUCCCACUACCCAUGAGCAUGAACAACACAAGACACAUCAUAUACACAGACGGCAUUCUUCCGAGUCGCAUGUGCCGAUGAGCUGGUGGCCCGAGAACGAAGAGACGGCACGGCACGAGUGGGUGGAACGAGACGGGACCUCGGCCGACGAGGAGGAGGAUGUCAUUGAAGAGGAAGUCUGGACCGAUGCUUUCUACGAGUGA